CCACUAGAAAGUCCAAACUAUUUAAAAAAUGUUAUUUGUGUUCUAAAUUAUUCAAUAUAACAAAUAUGGCACAAGCUAUUUUUUCGAUAAUGUUAACCGGCGUUGACCGUUAGUAUUUAACAGAAAAUCCAGUCACCAUCUAUGUUGUUUGUGCCAAAUUUGUCAUAUUAAAUAGUUUAUGACACAAAUGUCACGAAACACAUAUAAUUUGUGCCAAAUUUGUUAUAUUGAAUAGUUUAGAACACAUAAAACACUUUUUGAAUAGUUUUGAUUUCCUAGUGGAAUUAGCCCAAAAUCAUAUAACGAUUUAUGACGGUAUAUCAAAUGAGUGUAAAUCAUUAUCUUCAUUGGUUCUAUGUCCGGUCUAAUUUGAAAAAAGAGCUUCCACUCAUAAAACUGCGUUUUGGCUAAAAACUGAGGCCAUUAUUGAUUUGAUUGCCAAAUUGUGAAAAGUUUAAUAUCUGCUGGUUUCUCUGGGAUUGUCCUUCCAUGGGCUCAUCUUCAGUUGGGCCUGUGUCUUACUUUGGGCUUGAGGAAUGGAUUAUUCACUUUUGAGUUCUGAACCCAGUACACUUGUUGGGCUUGAGGCAGUUUCCCUCUCAAUGGCUUUAUUGAGUUGUUUGUUUUUUGGUGCUACCCAUGUCUGAUAAUUGAUGCACGUAUGAUGAUUACUUGUUCUGUCGAAAUUGCCGUCUUCGUGAUUUGUUUAACUCAUAAGUUGAUUUGUAAGCAUGAUCCGUUACACUGUUGCUGGCGUAUCUAUGGAAGAUGAUGAUAGGAGAAAGAGCAAGCAAGAAAGCGUGUUGUCAAGUGGCGCGUGGGCCCAAAUAGUAAGGGAUACGGUGUAGACUCCCACAUGUCUUUAAGCCCAACUACCUAUUUGCGUACUUAAAACGGAUUUAAAGGGGACACCGAGAUAAAUAAAUAAAUAAAUAAUGGUAGCUAUUUUUUAUAUAAAUAAGGUUUGUUUUUUUAUUUAUUUAUAGUUAGGUCGUAAUUAAGGAAUACGGAUAUGAGAUUCCCAGAAAAUAGUUGAAAUAAAUAAUUUUUGUGGAAUUUAUUAUUUUUGGAAUUAUCCACGGUGAGAGGCUAGUUACGAGUUACGACUUUAGCUAGGGUUACAGUUGGUAAGACAACAUCGGCUUGGAGUCCCGAUCCUUGAGUUGGAUUGUUUAACAGUGGUUAAGUCAAUAAAAGAAGCUGAAGCUUUACAUACAGAGCUUGGCGCGAUCUGUCGAAGUAUAAGAAGACUGUUGGAUUUGAUCCCGGAAGGUACGAUUGAACAUGUUAGUCGGAAGGCAAAUGAAGAUGCAGAUGUUAUGGCUCGUUCAGAUACAAGAUGGAAUGUUGUGGAGAUUUGGUUCGAUCGUCCACCAAUUUUUCUGGUCGAUCAGCUGAAACUGGAUGAUGUAGUUGUGCCCACGAAUCAAUAAAGCUAAGCGCAUAUUUCUAUCCAAAAAAAACGUGUGUAUUUUGAAAACACAAAAUUCAGUCUCACUAGAAAUUAGUUGAAAUAAAUAAAAGAAAGGAAUGUAUCUGGGAAAUUUGGGGCAAAAGAGGGGAAAACAUUGGAAGUCCCUCGCUCUCUCUAUCAGAUUUUCUGGUGGUUGGCUCAAAAUCUCAAUCAUCUGAGGCCAUUAGUUAAUUGUGUUAAUAUUAAGUGAUUUGUUUAGUUUUGGGGAAUUAGUUGAUGUUGAACCCUUAUUAUUAAUAAUGAAUAUAUAACAAGUGCUGACUGGUAUGUCAAUAUGUAAUCACUCGGUUUUGGUAGUGGACAAUUUCCCUAUACAGUUUCUUUAAAAUACUCGAACAAAACAAGAGGAAUUUUGGGAAUAAAGCAAAAUACAAUGGUCGACUGUAAUACUAAUACCCCUUCCAUUGAUACUCUUGAUUAAAAAAAAAAAAAAAAUUUCACACAUUGCAAUCCGACUGUGUUUACAUAGUAAAAUCACUAGCAAUUUAAAAAUAUUAAACGCAUAGUUCUUAUCUCAUCUUUUUCUAAUUCCUGUGGAACAUUUUCCUUGGAGGACAUCAUUUUGUCACCUCAAUUUUGGGACAAGAGCCAAAUAAGUCCGUCAUUCCCUCAAAGGCGGGCACAAGCAAACAAUCGAAGCAUCAAGCAUGCUGCACAAAUCCCCAUGAUUAAACAUGUUUACGCAAUUAAGUAGGUUCUUAAUCAAAAUGUCCCAAUUGAUUAACAUAUAUAAUAAUGCUAUUAUCCACAAUUGAAGGCUAGUGAAUUAGUUGUAUGGUACAUUACUAAUCAGGAAAAAAAAUGUAGUGAAUUAGCAAAAAUUACCAUCUCUUACAUGUUAUAACCUUCCACACUCAACCCUCCAUACUUUUUGAAAUUCUUAUUGAGAAUUUACUAUCGUAUGGAUCGUCGCCAACUCAAUAUUAUUUUAUACCAAUACUCAAUGAAACUACAAGAAGCACUGCAUCCAAAAUCAAAUGAUGAAAUAAGGUAUUUACAGGAGAGUUGUUGAAACUCAAAAUGCUUAGACUAUUGAUUCACUCUUUUGUUGCAAUAUCGUUGAACUACAAAUAUAUUGGUGCAAAUAUGUUAUUUGGCUCUAUAAUUUUUUGUGUAUCCGCUAGGGAGAAGUGAGAUCAAACAAUCUAUUCUAGAUGUCUCAGAGAUAGUUGGAGUAAACGUGCUCUUCAGCUCUAUGAUAUUUUGUUUAUCUACCUAGGAGAAAUAAGUUUGAGCAAUCUAUUCAUAGGCGACUAACAGAUAGUGAUUGUGAAAUAGUUGGAGUAUGACCAUUGGAGAAAAACAUUCAUCGCGUCUCGCAAUAGUGGCUUGUAGAAAUAAAAAAACUCAGACUGAUUUUUACGGUUAGUCUAGAUGCCCCCCCAUGGCCAGUCUGACGACACACCAGCUCCCCCUAAGGCCGACUGAGGACUAGAGGUAGGGCUUUAACUCAAUGGGUUCGACUUCAACACAAAUCUUUCUGUAGUUAUCCACAUUGACGGCACUUGUCGAGAGUACUAGAGAACUGAUAGAAGUUGAUAUACCCCUUAUAACAUCAAAUACCCCAAUAAGUACUCUUUAACAAAUUACAUACCCUAAUAAGUUAACAAUAUAUGAAUAUAGGGUAAUUGAUCAAAAUGGUCACACAAAUUUGAUCAAGUAACAAAAUGGUCACAAACAUUUGGAACGUAACAAAAAAGGUCACGAAAGUAUCACGUUAUAACAAAACAACUAUUUCAUGUAAUUUCAUCCAUAUUUCCAUCCAAAAUGACCAGUUUGCUUACUCUAAAUAAGCGGUAAUUUCACAGGUUGAUUAGGUGGUUGAUAAUUUGUCAUCAAUUUACCAUGAUGUCAUCAAAAUAAUCGAUUAUUAUGGAUGAAAGCAUGGCUAAAAAGAGAUGAAAUGAUUGUUUUGUUAUAUUAUGACACAUAUAUGACCUUUUUGGUUACGUUUUAAAUAUUUGUGAGUUGUGACCAUUUUGUUACUGGUCACCUAUGUGACCAUUUUGAUUAAUUACCCUAUGAAUAUAUACGCUGAAACAAAAUGAAUCACAACCACAUAUGAAUAAGGUAAGCAAAUCUUGGCAUACACAUUAUUCCCAAAAUUGAUCUCUAGUUUUUCUACCUUUCACCGGAUAAGUUACUUAUAUUUGUCCAAAUUAACCAAAGUACAACGGUCCAAAUUAAUCAAUUAAUUAAUGUAUACAAAUUCCGGUUUUUUUGUUUGUUCUUUUACUAUAAAUCUACAACGGUUCCCACUAAAUUCAAGUUCUAGCUGUAGCUUCGCCGCUGGUGUAAAGAAAAGGUAAAGUCACUUCCUUUUACUCCGUUCCUUCCAAGAAAAAAGGGUAAAGGAAGGAGAAAGCAACCGGCCGGCGGAAGGAAGGAAAAAAAGCGCAGUCACGGCGUCGCCACCGUCACACGGAGAACUCUUCACCUUCAAGCCUUACAAUAUAACCCCACACGGUAAUUAAAUAAAAGAAUCUAAUUUCUCAUCAUUCCCUUUUCCCACCAAAUUCUCCGCCAUCGUUUCGGUUGGGCUGCUCAACGCCAGAAGAGAAAGAAAACAAAAAACAAAGGAGGAUUCAGCAACAAGGGAGACGAGCAAAAGGCAAAGCUAGAGAGCUAGAGAGCUAGAGAGAGAUCUCAAGUUAAUGAUUCUCACGUCCAUUUGCGAGAAAGACAAAAAUAACCCAACCAACAACACGAUUCUCUUCCCCCCACCCUUGUGCCGAUUCCUUCAAUCCAACUCCAUCUUCCCCCAAAUCUUCCCAUCUAAACCAAAACCUCCAAUCUUUUCUUCUUUUUUAAUUCACAACCCAAUUGGCAAAAAACAAAAAAAAAAACAAAAAUUAUUAGAAAAGGAGGGUAAAGCCACUUCCUUUUCGCUUGCCAGCAAUGACCCAAGUCCAGGUGCUUCAUCAAUCUCCUUCCCAUUUCCCUUCCUCCCCAACCACCACUACUUCUAACCCUUCUCCUUCUGCCUCUUCUUGCCUUGGGGAUACUGUCGAGCCGGUGGAUGAGGGUGCUGUGGACGAGUGUGAUUUGUUGAAAGAGAGUGAGAAGAGGCGAAGGGAUCAGCUCUCGCUGUUGGCUCUGCUGGUGACUCUGUUCAGGAAGUCUGUGGUGACUUGUAAGAGCGAAAGGAGGGAGCUUUGUGCGAUGGAGAUCAGUUGGCCUAGGAAUGUGCGCCAUGUGGCUCAUGUGACCUUUGAUAGGUUUAAUGGGUUCCUGGGUUUGCCUGUUGAAUUCGAACCUGAAGUGCCCAGAAGAGUUCCCAGUGCUAGUGUGACUGUUUUUGGAGUUUCCACAGAAUCGAUGCAAUUGUCAUAUGACUCCAGAGGGAAUAGUGUGCCAACUAUACUCUUGUUAAUGCAACGGCACCUGUAUGGCCUAGGCGGUUUGCAGGCUGAGGGGAUUUUCAGAAUUAAUGGAGAAAACAGUCAGGAAGAGUACGUAAGGGAUCAGCUAAAUGGUGGAGUGGUACCUGAAGGUGUUGAUGUGCACUGUUUGGCUGGACUUAUCAAGGCAUGGUUUAGAGAACUUCCAACUGGGGUUCUGGAUUCUUUGCAACCCGAACAGGUUAUGCAAUCCCAAACUGAAGAAGAGUGUGCUGAGCUUGUGAGGCAUCUGCCUCCAACUGAAUCUGCUCUCUUGGAUUGGGCCAUCAACUUGAUGGCAGAUGUUGUCGAACAAGAACAUCUCAACAAGAUGAAUGCACGCAACAUAGCCAUGGUGUUUGCACCAAACAUGACUCAGAUGGUGGAUCCUUUGACAGCACUGAUGUAUGCAGUCCAGGUGAUGAACUUUCUAAAGACACUCGUCUUAAGAACACUGCGAGAGAGGCAAGAUUCUGUAGUGGAGCCCACACCAGCUUCACGACUCGGGCCAUUCGAUGGGAGUGGUCACCAAAGCCCCUCCCAGCCCUUCUGUUUACACACUGGCCAAGACACUGAAACAACCCAAAGCUUAAGUGAGGAUGAUGAACCUGUCAUGGAACAAGGCUCCAGCCACUGGGCUCAAGAAGAUACCGGUGUCAAACAUGACGAAGAACAAGACUGCAGUUUAAUUUGCCAUGGUGAGCAUUCGAGUGAGGUUCUUCCUAACGUGCCUGAUGAAACUCCCAUUGUCGAGACUGAAGCUGGUGAUGAAGAAAGCAGUCGAAGAUCUAGGACCGAUGCCCAAUCUAGCAACUCGAACCCCAGAAAGAGAUCUGGCAAAAUGACUAGGGAGCAGCGACAAGCAGUACUUCAUCUGACACCGCCACAGGAUUCCGUUCUUCAUUUAGCCUCUUUGGUCGAGAAGACGCGGGAGAUGAGCAAUUUGAGCCGUAUAGACUCGAGGACAGAGCGCAUUGAAGCCUGGCGAUAAAUCCAUUCGAGAGAUAACCGAGACAAAGACAGUCAUUUUCAGCCAGCCCAUCAUCAUCUUGGUGGCUCUGUGUUUCCUCUGGGAAACACUUAUUCUCUGAUUUGUUUCUAUGUAUGUUUCUCUUCUCCUUAUGUUUUGAGUGGUUUGCUUGCUUCCUAAGUUUCAUGCAUAUAUGCUUAGUGUGAGGUAAAACUAACACCUUCUUCCCUCUAGUGUGUUCCAUUCGUAUUACCCUCUCUAACUCGGUGUGAUAUUCCAUCGGCCACAAUAUCGAUGACUCUCGACUUACUCUUGUGUUCUAUGAUCAAUGUCAUAUUCAUGUUGAUAUAGAUUGAAGCACUGGUUUCAAAACCAUGCAUAUUGUGUUAGAUGUUGAUAGUGAUUAGUGAGUAUGACACACGAAACCAUAUGGGGUGAAAUGUAGUGGCAGAAAGCAGUCAUACGACAAUGGUACUUUGGCUACAGAAAGCAGUAGUGACCAUUAAUUGGAGGCUGGUGUUACCCAGAGAGUUGCUUUCAUUAUCUUCUGGGGAUCGUUUGGUUGGUUUCUUUUUUACCUUAUUGGAGAUUUUGGCCAUUGAAGGCUUUCUGUCAGUUUCCUUGGGGAAGAAAAAUGGUGGUGGAAUGGCAAAAUAUUCCAAGAUCUGAUAGGCACCUUAGUGGAAACAAAGCCAGCGAGGCCGACUUUGAAUUUGUGGGUGACGACGUUUUCUUUUCAUGCAGCUUCAGAUAACGUGAAUAUUGGCAUUGGGGAAUCUCAUUGUUGUGUAGAUCAGAUGGUACCAAAGAGAAACCGUCACGUUCUCAUGCCAACAAGUUGUCGCUUGAACGUAUUGUGGGUCAAGUUGCAACUCGCAAGUGAUAAAUCGUAUUAGGGAUAAGAAGUAUCGAUAGGUACGUACCGUUUAUAUACGUUUAAUAAGAAGGCAAGUCGAGCAAUGGAGAUCGAAGGAGAAAUUUGGUGAAUUCACCAUGGUAGUCGCCUUAUUUGUUUUAUUGAUUGAUCGGUAAGUUGUAGUCAACGUAAUUGUUGAAGUGGUUGGUUGUUUUAUGAUGUUAAUCGUGGUGCAUCGUAUUGAAGAUGAAAUUGACAAUACUAACCGAAUUUUUUGCCGAUUCGAUACAGUUGGUCAAUACGCUAGUAUAGUAUGGUGAUGGGCAAUGGUAGAACAUAAAUUAUUAUUGUUUCUAGUUUUCUAAUCUGAAUCCGUCCACAGGGAAAGAUUUGAGUUGAAAAACAACAAAAAGAUGUGAAAGGGAUGAGAUAAGCUGAUAAAAGCUAGUAAAGAAAAGUUGGUGCAAACAUUCUGGAUGUUGCUGAUAUUUUUGAAGGCCUUGGAAAAUCUACAACAAAAACUUUGGAUUUCCCAAAGACAAAAAAAAAAGAGGCAAAAGGAUGAAAAGAUGAGAGGUUUAACACAUUUGUGGGGUAGUAUUUUCAAAACGGUCAUCUAAUUACAAUAUUUGUACAAAAUAAUCACAUAUCUUUUAUUUUCUCCUGAAAUAGUAAUGCAAAUUUCAAAAUUUGUAGUAAAAUAGUCCUGUCUUU